AUGCACAGUAUCAUCAGCUCAUCGAUUCUCAAAUCGGACGUGUCCGAAGGAAACAGUUCUCGGUUCAGUGUACUGUCUUGCAUCUCCUCUUCAGAGCAGAGAAUCCAUGACAUCAAAUUCUGGAGGCAGGAACUGGACCAGAAGUUUGAGGAGAUGGUGCAGGAGAUAGAGACCCUCAUCAUAUUCAAGAGUCGUGUGGAAAGAGCCUUAGAAAGCUGCUCUGAGCCUUUGCAAGUGACUUUGCAAUGUCUGACUGAGAGACAGAAGCGGGUGGCAAUUGACCUUGCGCAUGAUGAGGUGGAAGAGGAGCUGUUGAAGGAGAAGGAGGUGAUUGAAGGAGUGAUGGUCCUGCUUCAGCGAACACUGGAGCAGAUCAAUGAGCAGAUCAGGCUCAUUCGUUCAGUGAAAUACUAUCUGGAAAAGGACCUGCAGGACAAAUUUCAGGCUGAGCGCAUUGAUGAUUUCUGUGCUCUUCUCACUAAUGCAUCAACCAAUUUAAACAGAGGGAAUUCAGAUUUUAGCAGUGCUGGAACUGCAGUGACUCCUGAGGAGUGGGAGAGCCUCUGCAUCUUAAACAUUAGGAAAGCCGAGAAGGAGAAGAACAACUCUCUUUCUCUGAGAGCUCUCGUGGACAGUCUGCUUGAGCAGACGGCUUCAGACAUGCGCAGACAGUACGAGGCCACGGGGAGGGCUUUUGAGCUCCGCAUAGAGGAGACCAAAACUGCCAAAACACAGCUUGAGAACCAGCUCAAUGAGCUGCUAGGAGAGACAGCAAAUCAGGAGAAAAAUCUCAAACCCAAACUUUUUACAAUCUCAGAAAAAAAAAAUCAACACAAACAAAUCAAGAAACGAUAG